UCAAAAAAAAAUGUAUAGCUAGAUUGAUCAUUAUGUUGUCGCUUACAUUUUCUACAAUGUUGGUUUAAAAUUUAAAUGAUGGCUUUUGGUUGUUUUGGGUCCACUUGCUGGAGCUACUUCUUUACUUCUAGUCUACCAUCAAUUGCCUUCAUUUCAGGAUACCAAAAUAGUAGUUUUUUUUUGCUUUAGUAUCCUUCAUGUAUAAUCCCAAUUCCUCUUUCAUCGUUUACGUUUUGGAGAAUCCUGUCACUUUUUCUUCUAGCAAUUUCACUGGUUUUGGUUGUUUUUGUUUUAAUCUGGGCAACUUUUGUUUCCGGUAGGUUUCUCCUUGUCUUCUCUAUUAUCUGCCUUGGUAACUGAUCUUAACAUCGAGAUAGAACAAGAAAUUGGCAUAACCUUUCAAUCUUGUGGUUUUAUAGUCUACCAAUUAAUCAAGUGGUUUUAUAGUCUAUGUAUGAUGAUGAUCCUGAAUGCGUUAUGCCUUUGCAUUUUCUCAAAUCUGUGCCACUUGUUGGACCUAUUGGUUGUAUUUUGUUCAGUUCCCAGUGGGUCGGAUCCACCGACAUCUCAAAUCAAGGACUGCUGCUAACGGGCGAGUUGGUGGCACCGCUGCUGUUUAUUCAGCUGCGAUUCUCGAAUAUCUGACUGCUGAAGUGCUUGAGCUAGCUGGAAAUGCAAGCAAAGAUCUGAAGGUGAAGAGGAUCAUGCCGAGGCAUCUGCAGCUGGCUAUCAGAGGGGACGAGGAACUCGACACACUCAUCAGAGGAACCAUUGCUGGAGGAGGUGUGAUCCCUCACAUUCACAAGUCCCUCAUUAACAAAACCUCCAAAGAAUGACAGUUCUAAUCUGAAAUUGGCUGUUCUUAACUGAUUACUGUUGACUUAUUUUGGUUUCUUGUAGUGUUUGCUUUGAACAUCUAUGUUAGGGUAUAUUGCUUGUUUUUGGUAACUGGUAUAUAUGUUCAUUUAGGAAGGAAUGUUAAAUCUUAAAAUAGGCUCAACUUUGGUUUCCUCAGAUGCUCUUUUUUGUACUUUUGCUUUGACGUGGAUUGUUUACCCUGCUUGACUGUUUAGGUCUCUGGCAGCUGCUCUUGAGCUCAAUUUUAAGCUACAAAACAAUGAAAAUGUCUCUUGUUAUUUUGAUA